GUUUGGAGUAUUAAUAACGCAGCGUUGGUGCGGAUGGCAGAACUAGUGCCUGAGAUUGCCAGUUCUACAAUAGAAAAUGCAAUGUUGGAACAUGUUCGCCGGUGUGAUCCAUUGAAAAACCCAUUACAUCUAAUGGAGCUAUCGAAACAACUACCAAGCAUUCAGGAUGUUAACCUAAGUUACAUCAAACUAAGGAAGCUGUGUAUACCAGAAAACGAUAGAGAAUUUAUGCAACAAGAUGCCAGAUUUCAUUCAUUACUCGAUAAGACGUACUGGUUAUUGUAUGUGUCGGUUUGUUUAAAGCAAUCUAUGGAAGCUGCUAAAAUAAUGAUGAGUGGGCGCACUGUGGUGUUGCAGGAAAUUAGUGGAAGGGAUAUGUGCAGUGUUAUGUCAAGUUUAGUGCAACUUUUGUUGGAUAAAAGCUUCCGUUCAAUUAACGGUUUUCAGACACUUAUACAAAAAGAGUGGAUUAGCUUGGGACAUCCUUUCAGUGAUCGCAUUGGGCAUGUGUACAAUGAGAACUCGAAUGAAAGAGGUCCAUUAUUCUUACUCUUUUUGGAUUGCGUGUGGCAGUUGUUGCAACAGUUCCCGGAAGAAUUUGAGUACUCCGAAACAUUUCUCACAAGCCUGUGGGACUCUGUGUUCCUUCCUAUAUUCGACACGUUUCAGUUUAAUUCUGAGACUGAACGGCAGAUUGCUCAAAUAAACGAUCGCAUCAUUGUGAGGCCUGUGUGGGACUGGGGAGAACAGUUUAGCGACAAAGAUAUUGCCUUAUUCACAAAUCCGUUAUAUAAAAAAGUAUCGGAUACAGGGCAUGUGGUGGAGAAAAAGUUAAGAUUACCACCAACAGCGUACCGUCUUCCUUGUAUAGAUGAUUUGAAGAAAAGCAACAACUUGGCAAUACACAACUCAGCGGAAGCGAUCGCAUCAACUUUAAACCUUUCUGCUAAAUCAACUCAAAGUCAACAACAGGACACUGCUGUGACUGCUUUUCUGGAUCCACAAUGCACCGUGAGGGAUAUGGAGAUUUGGCAUCAAUGUUACUUCCGCUGGAUACCUUUCUUGGAGAUAAAAAAUGGUGGUUAUCCCCAGGUCGACCUAUUCAACAGAUCAGUGGUGAACAACAUAAAUAAACUUUUAAAAGUGCUGAAUUCAGAAAAUCUGUCCGGUUCUAAUGAAAACAUACCACUUGUAGGUAACAGUGAAGAGAACAUCCUGAACAAAGAAGAUACUAACACAAAUGAAAUACUCGAUGGUUUUAAGAUACCAAUGAUAAAUUCAUUCUUUCCUUUUACUAGUAAUAUUAGCAACACUGAAGAGUUGCUUGAAAUUCUGGUUGCAAACGGAGAAUUUCUUCCUGAUGGUUCGAUCGUUGACUGUGCAUCGUUAAAUUAUUGAUAAAAUUGCAUUAUAUUUUACGUGUCAUCAAUACAACUUACGCGCUAAAAAUCAAAGUCCAAACAUUGUUAUGCAAUUGAUUCUGAUAAAUAAUUAUUUCACAAAUGUAAAUAUUUGAUUCGCAAUAACACC